GAUAAAUUUGGUGCUGAUGAAACGGAUAUCGUCACGUAGUUGUAAAAGUAUCGUUAAUCUGACAGGCAGAAGCUCAUCAGAUCUUUGCUGACAUGGCCACUAAAGAGGAUGUUGAAUUGUGGGUACUGGAAUACGCUUGUCGCUACCAACAUGCUGAAGCCAUUCAAGGCAUCUGUAAAAGACGGAAUGGCAGUGUACUGGGCUUUAACAUGCCCCCUAUACGAUUAGCAGAAGGGACGCUGUGUCUCAUCGUGGGUCAUGAAGAGUUUGAUGACUUUGCUGUGGCCAUACAACUUGUGGAGGAGAUCUAUAAUGGUUCUGGGGAUCUGGUGCCAUUCAAACUGUUUGCUAAGUUGAGCAGCGGGCUAAAGAUUAAGUCACUUCUCCAUAUGCUAGCCACUAGACAGAACAACAUCCUUGAAAAGCUGAACGAGUACUUCCCCAGAUCUGGACUGAAUCACCAGAACGCCAGUAAGAAGACUCUGGCACAUCUCAACACAAGCCAGUUCCAGUUCAGGAAAUUUUUCCUUCCAUUAUUAGCCAAUGAGAAUCAGAGAUUGGCAUAUCUGCGGGAUGAAUAUUUACUGACGUUUGGGAAUUCCUUUGUGAAUCGCUUAAAAGAACUGGUUAAAGAGUUCAUUGGUGCUGUAGAAGAACAUCUGCCCCCAACAUUUCUUGAAAAGCUGAUGACUGCUUCUAAAGACGGCCUUGACCUGGAGAGAAAGCUUCGAGAGCAGGCUGUCUUCUGUCCAGUGUUGGAGAUUGUGCUGGACACCGUCCUUGGCCAGACUACGCUGACUGGUCAGUCCCUGCAGGAGUUACUGACCAUGGUGAGCCCUCUUAACACCCAGGACCGGCUAAUCACCUCACACCCAGACCCCUUCACUCACCAUGUGGACAGUUUCAGUGAGGACAGCGGCACGGAUCAGACCCCACCUGUGGAUGGUGAGGAGGCCCUGCAGGAGAGGGGACAGCACCGGACACGCCUACCUUGUAAGCGGGGCAAAUGUUUUGACUCUGAAACAGCUUCAAAGAGGCUACCACAUUCAUCCUCUCCACUUUGCAAAUGGGGUGCUUCUGAAACAGUAGGUAGGAUGUCUUCACAAAUGGCACCUGGCCCAUCCUGCUCAUCUCAAGAGGCUUGUAGAGAUAGGUUAAGUGGUGGCUGUGACAGUGUUUUAAUGUCGACUGCCCAGGGUGAACAUCAGCUGCCAGCAAGCUCGAGUGUUGAACAUGGGUACACUGAUACUGACAUGUGCACUAGACAGGACAGGCUCCAUCAGGACUCCAGGAAAAAUGACAGACUUUUGGGCGGGCACGCUCAGUCAGUCACUGCCAAGGGAACUUCAGUUACAAAGACUUCAAACACUUGGUGUGGUGUUCCACUUAGCCCAGUGAGAGGUUUAGUUGCAGAUGAAAUAGUCAGUGAGGAGAGCUUGUGGAGAAGGGGAGAUAACUAUGGGAGGACUACAAUGGACAUGUGCUCAGAUGGUCACUUUACUGAACAUACUUCAUCAGGCAGGAGACAGAGUGAAGCCAAAAGGAAGUUUCCUGUCACGUCUGAUUUGCUGAAAACCACAGCUUCCUGUGGACAGGCUUGUGUAAAGUGUGUGUCUCCAGUAAAACCCCGAGAAGAGCCCCAGAAGUCAUGGCAUGAGGAUAGUUCAUCAGAUGAGGAGGUAAUAGAACUAAGUGAUUGCUCAGAGAAGUGUGGCGAGCAGGUCUUGCUCCCUCGUGCCGGCACGAGGAGGAGUUUGUGUCUGGCAGAUUCAGGCAGCAUCUCUGACAUAGACCGAUCAUCAGACUGCGACAUUGACCAGGAUGUAGUCUCUGGGAGUGAAGAAAAUGAGUCACCCAUGGGAGUGAAUGACUGGCAGGCUGGGACUGGAAAACCGGAGUCUUCCAUCCUUACACAGCUCAUCUCACCCUACAGGAAGAGUUCUGCCCUCAAGCUGUGUGUGAUUAAACUCUUCAGAGACAAGCAGAGUCAUGUGUUGGACGAGAAGACAGGGGCUAGUGUGGAGCUGUAUUCUUGACCUUGUGGGGGAGAAGUCGGGGUAGGGGACAGUUGUGAUCUGGUCAAGCAGGGGAUGGCCAACAGGAUCCUGAGAUAGGCCAUUGUCAGAUAAUACCUAGACUUUUAUAUACAUUACCUGAUAUAUACCAAUACCGUUAAUGACCUAAAACCCCGCUCAUGGAUCAGUUGCAGAUGUUGCUGGAUUCUGAGAGCUAUGUAUAUACUUCUAUCAUAGAACGAUGCUUUCUAGAAAAAAAGAUGUUGCUGUGUGUUUUUUAUCUCAUGUAUAGGCCUCUAAAACUUCAUUUGGUGGUGGGGAUUAGGGUGGGCUGGUGAUCAGACAGGGGGAUGACAAACUUUUAGGUAAUUUACCGUACACGUGUUCCAUCAAGUACUGAGAGAGAGGCGCAUGUCCUUUUUGAUCUCUCUGAUUGGCAGACAUUCGUUAAAUGUACAGAAAAUGUGAACGCUGUAUGAUUUGUCGGGACAUUCUUGUAGAAGCAUGCCAUGAAGACAGAUUUUGUUUUCAGUUCUUGAACAUGGUGAUAUCUAAAUAAUCAGUUUGAUCUGACAAAAUGUGAAUUAUUCUAUCUCUUCUUGUACAUGUGACACUUGGUGGAAAUGUAGGUGAAUUGCCCGUGUAUAGCCACUAAUUUGCAGAUUAUUAGACUACAUCAAAUUAAUUUCAUGAUAUGAAACUGAACAUUGUAGAUGUAUAUUAGCAGAAGUCCAUUACCUAGAAGUAUGCAACUUGCCUAUAGCUAGUCCACACUUCACCAUGCACUUCUCUUUGAUCUCUAACACAUUAUGUGACGUACAUGUAUGUAUGCAGCCAUGUAUUUCUCUUCCUCUCUGUUGCGCAGCUAAUGUUGGAGGAAGUUCUUACUUCGUAUGAUGGAAGUUAAACAGUUUAGCUUUCAUCCAUGAAGUUUAUGAUUUAUCUGUUUAUUUGACCUUCGUUUUACGGUGUACUCAAGAAUAUUUUAUUUGUACAACGGUGGUCACUAUGAUGGUGAGAGGUAACUAAGCAAAGCCCAGGGAAAAUCAUGACUGUUCGCAGGUUUGCUGGCAGGCCAUCCCACAUUCGACCAGAGGGAAAGCCGUCAUGAGCUGGACAUAAAAGCAGAGAGACCGAGUUUGGUGAUAGUCCCCUGGGUCAUUGUGCAUGAAGUUUAUAGCCUGGCCAGUGAAAAUGUCUUAUACAAGGUUUAACUAAUGAUAUAAUAUGUUGUGAGUGACAGAUGUAACUUAUUUUACAUGCGUUCAGUUUACCAAGUGUGGAAUAUUUCCUAGCACUCCACUUGCAUCUAUGGAUGAUUGCUGUUUCAUAUUAAAGCCACAAUUUCUCAACUUCUAUUUUAAGUGGUAAUGAAUAUCCUGGAAAAGCCAUGCUAUUCCAGGUUCUACCUGAAGACUGGUGUGAAGGUACAUUCUAUUCCAGGUUCUACCUGAAGACUGGUGUGAAGGUACAUUCUAUUCCAGGUUCUACCUGAAGACUGGUGUGAAGGUACAUUCUAUUCCAGGUUCUACCUGAAGACUGGUGUGAAGGUACAUUCUAUUCCAGGUUCUACCUGAAGACUGGUGUGAAGGUACAUUCUAUUCCAGGUUCUACCUGAAGACUGGUGUGAAGGUACAUGUAAUGGAAUGUAUUAAGUAUCGUGUUUAUUGAACCCUGACAUCUUCUUAAACUGGUUAUAUCGUAGAUAUGAUGUAAAUAUUCAUUGGAGUUUUAACAAUACGUGUAUUCCUGAAAAUGUAAAAAUAUCUUUGCAGAUAAAAUGUUUACUACAUGAGGUUCUGUAUGCAUAAGUAUUGAAAUGUUAUACAUGAGGUGGUGUAUUCAUGAGUAUUAAAAUGUGUUUUACAUGAGGUUCUGUGUGCAUGAGUAUUAAGAUGUGUAUUGCACGAGGUUCUGUAUGCAUGAGUAUUAAAAGGUGUAUAACAUGAGGUUCUGUAUGCAUGAGUCAAAAUGUGUUUUACAUGAGGUUAUGUGUGCAUGAGUAUUGAGAUGUGUAUUGCAUGAGGUUCUGUAUGCAUCAGUAUUAAAAUGUGUAUUACAUGAGGUUCUGUAUGUAGGAGUGUUAACAUGUUUAUUACAUGAGGUUAUGUAUGCAUCAGUAUUAAAAUGUUUUACACGAGAUUCUGUGUGUAUGGGUAUUAAAAUGUGUUUUACAUGAGGUUCUGUAUUCCUGAGUAUUAAAGUUUGUGUUGCAUGAAAUUCUGUAUGCAUUAGUAUUAAAAUGUCACAUAGUUUUAAGUAUUAAAAUUUGUCACU